AUGGAAACAUACACUCGCUUAGCUGACUCGGUUAUUGAAUUCGAUAUCGAAUUUCUUGGCACACCCACAAGUGAACACACCAAGCAUUCGCUGAAAAUUCAGCAAGAGGAGCUAAAGGUGAUGUGGGAGAAAGCCAAAGCACUUUUUGAUGACUUGCUGGCUACGGAAUCAAUUGGUGCUAAAGAUCUAAGUUCGAUACGUAAGAAAGGAAAAACGUGCUAUGCAGCUUUUGUGCGAUGUAUGUCCAAAAUAAACGAUUUGUCGGAAAAAUUUUCAAAAACCGAAAAGGAAGAUGAGGACAUGUCAGCCACACAGCAUAAUUUACACCUACCGCCUUGUGAUAUCGACGCAUUCAAGGGCGAUUAUUUGUCAUGGCCAACAUUUCGUGACAUGUUCACGGCUAUAUAUAUAUUGAACAAGCGGCUGACACCCAUUCAAAAGCUUUACUAUCUUAGUCAGAAAACGCAGGGUGAAGCCAAAGAAAUUGUUAAGAAAUGCGACCUGACAAAUUAUGGGUUUAAUAUAGCCUGGAAGAAUUUGUGCGAUAGGUAUGAGAAUAAAAGGAUCCUAGUUAACACCCAGUUGAAGAUCCUCUUCAAUCUACAGGCGGUGGAAACUGAAUGCGGGAGUGCAAUUAAAAGAUUGCAAAGGGAUAUAAACAAUUGCAUAUCUUCCCUGGAGAGUCAUAAAAUUGACAUUUCAACCUGGGAUCCAAUAAUUACAUACCUUUGCUCCACAAAAUUACCAGAAGAGACUCUUUCGCUGUGGGAGCAAUCAGUGCAAAAUAAAACAGAUAUUUCCAAGUGGGCUGACAUGGACCAAUUCUUGUCAAGCAGAUUCCAAACUUUGGAAUCGGUCUCGGGGUUGAGAGGAAUCAAGGUUUCAAAAAUUUCAAAAGGGUUAAGUCAUAAGCAUUCCUCUGAACCGCCACAAAAGAAACUUGGCACUUUUCAAACUAGUGUAAGCAAAUUUACUUGCAAAAUGUGUCAAAGCAAUGAUCGCAGACUGCAUAUGUGCCAAAAAUUCUUAAAUAUGUCGACAUCUGAUAGGAUCGCUUUUAUUAAAACCAACAAUAGUUGGUUUAACUGCCUGUCCUUUGGGCAUGCGGUGUCGAAAUGCACAAGUUCCUACAACUGUGCCAAUUGCCAUUCUCGACACCACACCCUACUUCAUAUACAGGCGGCUCCAGGUAAAACAACGACAAAGGAGAAUACAGCCAAUCCAGUUAACAAUGGUGCAUCGACAUCCAGGCAGGCACAAUUACGAAACCAAUCUUCAAAGGGAAAAGGUAAAGCAGUCAGACAUGUGCAAACACAUCACGCGAAUUCAAGCAAAGGCGUUUUACUUGGGACAGCUCGAGUAAAUAUUCAUUUUAAUGGUACUAACUUUGCGGCAAGAGCGUUAAUUGACUCUGGCUCUGAGUGUUCCUUCAUCACGGAGAGGCUCAGACGCAGAAUCAACUUGCCGACCAAGAAGAUGUUAGCACAGGUUUCGGGCAUCAAUAAUUCUGUUUCAGCGCAGGUGAAAGAAGCGUGUUCGAUUCAAUUGUGGUCACCAAUUGACCCACUUAUUUCUAUUGAUGCCCUUGUGUUAGUUCUACCAAAUCUGACAGGGAAUUUGCCUACUUGCCUACUCACACAACAAGUUUUUCCUGAUCUGGUUUUGGCAGAUAAAAGGUUUUUUGUGAAUGAACAAGUCGAUCUGGUUCUUGGAGGAGACAUAUAUCCUCAAAUAAUAUUAGGUGGAAUUAAGAAGAACGUUCUCAGUACUCUCUUAGCGCAAGAAACAGUAUUCGGUUGGAUACUGACUGGUCGUGCUGAUGCAGCCAGCCCAACCAGCAAUAAUCGAGUUUCAUUUUACAAUGAGGUUGCCCUUGAUAGACAGUUAUGCUCAUUCUGGGAACUGGAGGAUUUGCCGAGAAACAGAGCACCAACAACCGAAGAAACACAGUGUGAGGAGCUCUACAAGCGUACAACCAAACGGAACCCAGACGGAAGGUAUAUCGUUUCGCUUCCAUUCAAAGCGGAGUUCCCGGCUGAUACCAAAUUGGGGCCAUCACUGAGAAUAGCGUGCUCGCAAUUCUACAAAAACGAGACACGCCUCAAGAAAAAUCCAGAUUUGCAUGCGGAAUACAACAGGGUCAUACUAGAGUACGAGACAAUGGGGCAUAUGUCGAAAAUCAAUGCACUUCAGUCGGCCGAUGCAAUCGACAAUUACUAUCUGCCUCAUCAUGCCGUGAUAAAAGAAGAAAGUAUAUCAACAAAGCCUGGAAUUAGGCCAACUAAACAUACAUCUUUGGACAGAUUCGACGAUUGUUUUGGCAUGGAUACGCAAGCCCCCAUGUUCGUGGUCAACAUUCGUUGCCCAUCGAGUUACUAA